AUGCUACAUGCGAGGGGAAUCUCAGUCAAUAAUCCCAUAUGCUCCCUCUGUGAGAAAGAACCAAAAAUUGUUGAUCAUUUACUUUCUAAUUGUGAGUUCACUCAUACAGUAAGGGAAUGGGUUUUUAAGUGGAUAGGAAUAAGCCUUAUGCAGUUCAACAAUGUCACAACUUUCCUGGAUCAAGCUGCUUCAUGGGGGAAUUUCCCUAGGAAAAACAGAUCAUCAACUCCAUCUUCUACGGUUUACUUUAGAAUGUUUGUCUCGGAAGAAGGAUACGAAGGAAGGGGUUCGGUGUGGCUAGGGGUUUCGAAGGGAAGGAGGCCAGAAAAGAGUUCAGACAAGAAGCACGAUGUCGUAGGUGGUUCGGUGGCAUCUUCUUUGACGGGAGAAGAAGAGAUGUGCGAGAGAACUCGACUUGAGUUUAUCAUUUACGAAGGGUUUAGGAGGAUUUAUGGGGGAGUAGCAGCAGCCGCACAGGUGGUGAUGGUGGUGCUUUGGAACAACAAUGGGGGCGUCAGGAGGCCACUCUCGUGGUCUUCUGAUGCCCUGUUCUUGCUUCCUUCGACUGUAUUCAAUGAAGGGAGUGUGGAGAAGUGCUUAUGUAUUAUGAUAAGCAAUCAAGGUACUAAAAAUGCUGAGAAUGUUGGUAUCAAUGUCACUAAGGCCCAAGAAUUACUAGCAAGAUCUGGUCAACAUGUCAACCCGAUCUCAUGCAUCACCUCCACCUCUAAGACUACUCCAGGUACAAGUGAUUCCCAAAGCUUAGGAAAUUCCAUGGUCUACUUAUUGUACCCGUUGAUGCUAAUCGCAGCUGAGGUGGCGUUGGGCAGUAGGAGGUUGCUUUGGUGGCCUUCUGCUUCUUCUUUCUUGCUUAAAAUUGCUAGUGAAAACAAAUGGGAUGAGGAAGAGAGCUAUGGUGAUCGAAAACAACAGCAACAAAGGGUUGGGGAUGUGCUCUCCGGUGGUAGCAGCGAAGGGUGGGGUUGUGGCAGUUUGGUGGCAGCAAAGUGGAUGCCACCUCUUCCUUCCUUUUUCUGGGCAGAAAUAAAUGAGAGGGAGAUGUGA